GCAGGGGCCUCAGUAUUCUCGGUGAAAAUCAUCUAAAUGCUAUCUUUGUUUGUUUGUAAUCUGGUUUGCAUCUUGAAAGUGGUAGCUGAUUGCUGAUUGUAACAAACUGGUAGCUGAUUGUGUUUCGAUUUUGUUUUCUUAUCCAAGUAAAUUUAGUUAGUUCAAAUGGAUGCCCUGUACUAAUUGACCCUCCCUGUUCCGAGUCUUCACUGUAUUCGAGUUUGUAGAAAUUGUUUGGCUUUGUAAACAAAAACCAUGGACACCCAUUUCCAUUUUAUUGACUGGGUUAAUUGUUUAGUAUGCUUUCUAUAUAUCUGCUCAGGCUUGGAUGAAAACAAAAGGAACUAAAGCACUUCAGACAAAGCUUUUAUAAACUUAGUAUUUAGAUCAAUUGAUUGAUAAUUUGUGAAACAUAUUUGAAUAGAAGUAUAACCAUCACUUAUUGAAUGCCUCUAUUAAUGUUGAAGUAGAUAUUAUUCGAGCAACACAUGGUUGGGAGAUUGACAAUUUUGGCCUCUUUUUCUGUCGAGUUAUUUUUUGUUGUGGGUUAUGAAAUGAUUUUUUGGGAUUGUAUAAAUCUUCUAAUUCUGUUUCUAUGUUUUUUGCAUUUCUCUCAUCAUGUACUCACUGACAAGUACAUGCACAGAAAACUCUUUUGAAAACUCUCUCCAAGUUAACUACUUUGUGAUUUUGGGGGAUCUAACAAUGUCAGCAUCAUCAAUUUCUUCCGCAUCCUCUACUAAAUGUUACUGUGAGGUUGAAGCCACGAUGAGAUAUGCAAAUACUGCAAGAAAUCCAGGACGACCCUUCUUAGGGUGUCCAAAGUACAAUACACAGGGAUUACCAUAUUGCAAGUUUUUCAAAUGGGUAGAUAGAGAUCAGAUGGGAGAGCUUGAACUUCAAGAAAUGACCAUCCAAGCAUUAUUAAGGAAGCUGAAAGAACUUGAAAAAAAAUUGCUUGAUGUCGAGAAGAGGGAGAUUGAGCUAGAAGGGAGGGUGGUUGAGAUUGAAAAUAGAGAAGCUGAAAUCAGGCUCAGACGCACACAGCUUCCCCUUAGUGUUUGGGCAUUUGCAUUUUUUGUUGCAUUCUAUCUUGUAGUAUCCAAGUAAUUAUUAACUAGUGUUUGUAAACCAUCACUUAUGUUGGCUUUGUGGCUUUGUACUCGACUUUUGCACUUGUAUUGGACGUGCACUUCACGUAAUAUGAAGUGUUUGUAGUCAGUUUGUAGUCAACCGAAGUAUUGGAUGUAGAACUUAGUAGAUGAUGUAUAAAUCGCCCUUCUAUUUGUGUCAUUGAACUGAUUGUUGACAAA